CUUUACUUUCACUUUCCGCGAGUGCAGCGCAGCACAACAGAGGAGCCUCCCCGAUGUGUUACCCACGGCCGGCGUGCUUUUAAUGCGUGACAGCCUGACCGGUGAGGAGACUAAACUCGGUGUGUGGACCACAGCCACCGAUGGACGAGUAAUAAGAAAUGUGUGAAAAGGAACAAGAAGGUAUGAAGUUUCAGAAAUGAAUGCCUUGGACAGCCAUGCUGUGGAAAACACCAGCUGCUCGAUAUCUGGCCAUCGCCUGCUUACUGUGCAUCGGGAGCGGCUGCUUGGCACCAUCAAGAACACCAAGUGCAUUCUGGAUAACUUAAUCCACAAUGAGUUCUUGUGCACUGAAGAUGCUGAGAUCAUUAUGCGGUCCUCCACCAAAACCGACCAGGUCCGGAAAAUUCUGGAACUGGUGCAGAGCAAAGGCGAGGAGGCCUGCCAGUACUUUCUUCACAUUCUGCAUGAAGCUUAUGAUGCUUACUUUGACCUGAGGCCCUGGUUUAAGGAGAUUCACUACCAGCCACUGGACGACAUUAAGAAGAUACCCGUCCUGAACACGGAUCCGGUGAGCAAGUACUGUGAAAAGCUCCGAGAUGAGCUGGAACGAGACACAAAGUUUAUCAUCUCUUAUACACAAGGAGAGGAGAUGCUGCUGGAGGACAUGUACACCGACACCCUAAUUGAAAUAAUGGAUGAUCGCAAUGAGAGCCAGGGCUACCUGAACCACCUAACGGACCUGUUUGGAGGCCAUGGCGUCUUUAAUGAGCACGCGGAGACCAUCUUAAUCAUUGGCGACGCCGGUGUUGGCAAAUCCAUUUUGUUGCAAAAACUGCAGAAUCUGUGGUCUAGAAAAAAGCUAAACAUUGAGGCCAAGUUCUUCUUCACGUUCCGCUGCAGGAUGUUUGGGGUCUUCAAGGACACAGACAACCUUUCCUUAAAAGAUCUCCUUUUUAAGUACAUGUGUUAUCCAGACAAAGAUCCUGAUGACGAGGUCUUCAGAUACAUCAACCACUUUCCGGAGUCGGUUUUAUUCACCUUUGAUGGCUACGACGAGAUCCAGUCCGAGUGCGAUCUGAGCAAAUUUCCUGAAGUGUGUUCACCUGACGAGAAGACUCAUCCGCUUCUUCUACUUAUGAACCUCCUUAAAGGGAAGCUACUAAAGGGGUCUAAGAAGGUCCUGACCGCUAGGAGUGGCACAGAAAUUCAGCAAAAAGUCAUCAGAAAGAAACUGGUCCUCAAAGGGUUCUCUAAGGACGGCCUUACAUUGUAUGCCAACCUGCACUUCAAGGACAGAAGCUACCGCACCCUGGUCCUGAACCAGUUGGAUGCCAACCCUUACCUCUGCAGUCUUUGCUCCAUUCCGCUGUUCUGCUGGAUCAUUUUUAAAUGUUUCAAAUAUUUCCAGGCUGUCUACGACCAAUGUGAGCUGCCUUCAAUGUACGUGACCCUCACCAAUGUCUUCCUGCUGAUGACUGAAGUAUUUCUGAACAAACGGAUUCAUCCGGGCCCACUGAAGAAAAAUAACCGGUGCCAAAGUGAAACCUUCAGGUUGUCUAAGCAGACUUUGAUUGGUUUUGCCAAGCUGGCGCACAAGGGAAUGGCGCAAAGCCGCUUCAUCUUUGACCCGGAGAGCAUCUCCACCUGCUGCAUUGCAGAGAAGGACCUUUGCUUGGGCUUCCUCCGACCCGUCGCUCAUUACGAUGGAUGUGGAGAACCGUCCACCUUCGAGUUCCUUCACUUAACCCUCCAGUCUUUCUUUACUGCCUUUGCCUUGGUGGUUGAUGAGCAAGUUGACUCCAAAGACAUCCUGAAAUUUUUCACAGAAUGCGAUUACAGCAAGUUGCGGUGUUUUCCAACAUUCCCAUCGGUUUCUUGCCUGAGUUCUUCCAAACCGAGAGGAAAAGACCCGUUUCAAAACAACGAACACUUCCAGUUCACCAACCUGUUUCUGUGUGGUUUGCUGUCCAGGAGCAGCGUUAGCCUUCUCGAGCACGUAGUGCCUCCCAUAAUGCUGAAAAGGAAGAGGGAGAUGUUAAAGUCGUUUCUGUCAGACACUGUGAAAUGUCAUUUGAAAAGCCUGCCGCGCACCAAAUCGGAGCAGGAGGGCUACAAAAUACACGGCAUGCCAACUUUUAUUUGGAUGCUCCGAUGUAUUUUCGAGACACAAAGUGAAGAAAUUGGAAAACUGACAGCAAAAGGCAUUUCAGCUAAUUACAUAAGACUGACGUUCUGCAAUGCGUAUUCUGCUGACUGUAGUGCCAUCAACUUCGUCUUGCAUCAUUACCGCAAAAGCAUCGGGCUUGACUUGGACAACAACAACGUGAAUGACUAUGGCGUAAAGGAGCUCCAGCCGUGUUUUAGCAAGUUGUCCGUUCUUAGAUUGUCUGUUAAUCAGAUCACAGACUCCGGAGUGGAGGUCCUGGCUGAAGAGCUGGUCAAACACAAAGUCAUCAGCGUCCUCGGACUUUACAAGAAUCAGAUCACAGAUUAUGGAGCUCGCAUGGUAGCGAAGAUAGUAGAGGAGUGUCCAUGCCUUCGAAUUUUAAAGAUUGGAUACAACAGAAUUACAAGUGAAGGAGGAAAAUAUCUUGCCAGUGCAAUCCAGAAGAGCAAGUCCAUUUUUGACGUUGGAAUGUGGGGGAACACCAUAGGAGAUGAAGGAGCAAAAGCCUUUGCUGAAGCCCUGAAGAAUCACCCAAGUCUAACGAACCUAAGUCUUUCUGCAAAUGGAAUUUCUGCCGAAGGAGGAAAAAGCAUCGCGGCUGCCCUGAGGGAGAACUCGUCCUUGCACAUAUUCUGGCUUUUGCAGAAUGAACUGAAUGACGAAGCGGCUGAACAUUUCGCUGAAGCAAUUAAAGUCAACCGAGGAUUAACUCACUUGUGGUUAAUCGAGAAUAAAGUGACAGUGAAAGGCGCCAGGCUGCUUGCCGAAGCUCUGAACGAGAACAGCUGCCUCAAGGAGGUCUGUUUGAAAGGAAACCUUCUGUCCAGUGAAGAGGAGAAGACGUUUGAAACCCAGAAAAGACUGCUCUUCAACUGAAGGCCAUUGUCACCGACCAGCGGUGUGGCAGCAGACUUAGUGACCAGGGGACUCUCCUGGCACGGCUCAGGUACACAAGCCAUCAGAAACUCACCAAGAGCGUCACGGGUGUGAAAGGAGACGACAGCAACGGCCGACUCGGCCAUAGAAGAGAAUCGUGUGGUGCGAGUGACGGACCUACGGACGCAGCUCAGGCUCACAGGACGCUUUCUGUGUUUGUCGAUGAAUGAACUUCAACAUGUAAGACCACCAAAGGGGGUCCAGCAGGCACACGAGGGCCUCUGAAAAUGGAGGGGUGGGAAAAGCGAAUUUCAUUUUGUGUGGCGACAAAUCCGAUCGGAGAGCACAGAAGGGGAUAUCGAUGGCACUCUUGUCGUCGUCAUUCGUGAGUGUUGAGUUGUGAAAUGACGAGGGGUGGACAAAGGAAGGACCAACCAACCCCACCGGAGCCCCCCAUCUGUGGGCUGUCAGUGGACUUGAUUACGUAUUCCUCUUCUCAUCAAUCAGAGCAGAUCACCAGAAUGUGUGACAGACUUGAAAGAUCACGAACCUCUCUGUCCUCUUUUUUUAUUUCCCGCUUUUCUCAAUUUAAAUUCGUCUUUAUUACGUU